AAAUGCGACCUUCCAAAACGGCAACACGACUGUGAGGGCUCGGUGUUCGAAGGAAGUCUCUCGUCAUUUUUGAAUUCUCAAGGAGACUCUCCGAGAAUCGUGAAGAUGCCCAUCACGAUACCGAAAGUGAAAUUGAGCGAUGGGAAUGAAAUUCCUCUCCUAGGUCUCGGCACGUAUAAGUCGGGGACAGGGGAAGUCUACCGGGCGGUUUGUGACGCCAUUGACAUCGGUUACCGUCACAUCGAUUGUGCCCUUGCCUACGAGAACGAGGCUGAAAUCGGGAGAGCGAUCAAAGACAAGAUCGCCGAAGGUGUGGUCAAGAGAGAAGACCUCUUCAUAACGAGCAAGUGUUGGAACACCUACCGAUCCGAGGAACUUCGACCCAAAGGCUUGGAGAAAACUCUCACGGAUCUUACGUCGAUGUAUCUGAUCCAUUGGCCUUUCAGUUGGCAAGAAGGCGGACCGCUCUUCCCCCAGGACGCAGAUGGGAAUUACCCUUCGACGGACGUAGAUUAUGUGGACGUCUGGAAGUCCUUGGAAGAGUACCAAAAGGCUGGAAAAGUGAAAAGCAUUGGAGUGUCGAAUUUCAAUCACGAGCAAAUCGAACGCGUGCUCAAGGAGGGGUCCGUGAAACCGGUCGUUAAUCAAAUCGAGAAUCACGCAUAUCUUCAGCAAGAAAAACUCUGCGCAUACUGCGACUCUAAAGGAAUCGUGGUGACCGCCUACUGUCCUCUCGCUGGACCCUAUAAGCCUUUCGACGCCGAUGGUCCCAUCCUCAUGGAGCAUCCGGACGUCAAGAGCAUCGCUGUUGCUUGGGGGAAGAGCGUCGCACAGAUUCUUCUGCGAUUCUUGGUCCAGCGUAAUAUUGUUGUAAUUCCGAAAUCUGUAACCAGGGAGCGUAUCCUGAACAACGCACAAAUUUUCGACUUCGAGCUUUCACAGGAAGACAUGGCGAAACUUCGCGCACUCGACAGAGGGAUUCGCAUGGUACCCUUCACGCAGAUGAAGAACCACAAAUAUUUCCCUUUCGGCCUUGAAUAUUGAGUUCGGCAAAUAAAUAUCUUCGAGAUGUCAGUGACAGCU